CGACCUCGACGAAAUCAAGAAAGAGAUGACUCGACCACAAUCUCUGGCAGCUAGGGUAGCUAUGGCCGUCAGGAAUAGCUCCGCAGCAUCUCACGCCGACCCUCAUAAGGCCGCGGCAUCCUCGAAAGCACGAUUCGUCCCCAGCACCGGCACAUACCCCCAGGGCUUCAAUGUCUCCGGUAUUCACUGUGGUGUGAAGAAGGAUGGUAAAUCCCUCGAUCUCGCUGUGGUGGCCUCCGAUGUGCCAUGUACUGCCGCUGCCGUCUUCACCAAGAACGUCUUUCAGGCUGCUCCCGUCCAGGUGUCAAAGGAGACUUUGGUCGGUACCCACGGGCGUGAUAUCCGUGCCAUUGUCUGUAACUCUGGCUGCGCGAAUGCUGUCACUGGUCAGGGAGGUUACGAGGACGCGCAGGCUAUGUCCAAGGCUGUUGAUGUGCUCCUCGGCGAGACUACCUCUACCCACCGUACCUUGGUCAUGUCCACCGGUGUCAUUGGACAGCGUCUCCCUAUCGACAAGAUCGUCACUAACAUUCCUAAAGCCUACAAGCACAGGGGCUCUGAUCACUCGCACUGGCUCGACUGCGCCAAGGCCUUCACCACUACCGACACCUUCCCCAAGCUCGGCUCCAAGACCUUCGGUGUUGCUGGAAAGACCUACCGCAUUGCCGGCAUCGCCAAGGGUGCUGGUAUGAUUCACCCCAACAUGGCCACCCUUCUCGGUUUCAUGGCUACCGACGCCCCUGUCUCCGCAACCGCUCUUCAGUCCAUCCUCAAGCACGCUGUCGACCGCUCUUUCAACGCUAUCUCCGUCGAUGGUGACAUGUCCACCAAUGACACCGUUGCUAUCCUAGCGAACGGCGCUGCAGGCGGUCCCGUCAUCGAGCAGGAUGGUGAGGGCUACGAUGCUCUCCGUGAUGUUGUUACCGAGUUUGCUGCUGACAUGGCCAAGUUGGUCGUCCGUGACGGUGAGGGUGCUACGAAGUUCGUUACCAUCAAGGUUAAGGACGCACUUACCUUCGAGGACGCAAAGACUGUUGCCUCUACCAUUGCUACCUCUGCGCUCGUGAAGACCGCUCUCUUUGGACAGGAUGCUAACUGGGGUCGCAUUCUCUGUGCUACCGGCUACGCAGGCGUCCCCGUCAUUCCUACCAAGACCUCCGUCUCCUUCAUCCCUACUGAUGGUUCUCCGGAGUUGAAGUUGUUGGUGAACGGCGAGCCCGAGAAUGUUAACGAGGAGCGUGCCUCUGAGAUCUUGGCUUUGGAGGACCUUGAGAUUGAGGUCAGGCUGGGAACUGGAGGUGGUCAUGAGGCGACUUACUAUACUUGCGACUUCUCCUACGAGUACGUCAAGAUCAACGGUGACUACCGUACCUAG